GGUGCAAAAAGCAAUUACAAAAGUAAAGCAAGAGAAUCUCAUCUUUUUGUAGAAAUUCUAAAAUGAAUGAUUCUAGCCAUUUGAUAUUUUAAAGUAUCAAUUAAAUGCAUGCAUUCUGAAUAAGUUUAUAUCAUAGAUUGUAAAUAAUACACACAUUCACAGAAUCACUCAUUUAGACUCCUAACUUCCAAACGACCCGCAUACUAUUCACCCAAAUAACCUGUGUCAAUCAACAUAUGUUACAUAUGGGCUGGAAUUCUAGCCCAAAUCCCGCCAGGCCCAUUCAAAAAACAAGCAGCGUUCUCAUUUGUCCUUUCUACGCUCGUCGUAGUAGUUCAGAGAUUGAGAAAGAGCAUCCUAUCCUAUUCCCACACCAAAGCCGUGUGACCGGAAACCCAUUUACCGGCGGAGUGAGAUCGGAAAACCCGAGGAGAAAUGGGGAGAGAAGUGUCGGAGAGUUGCAUCGACAGUUUACUCACCGAGAUGGUGUCGUCGUACUGCAACCGUUUCUAUGCCAAUAAGCCUGAGCUCGCCGCCCGCAGGAUUGAGGCCAUCGGUUAUCAAGUCGGUCACCAGCUCUCCGAGCGGUAUACGAUGGAGAGGCCUCGGUUUAGCGAUCAUCUUGAGGCAAUUAAGUUCAUCUGCAAGGACUUUUGGUCUGAGCUUUUCAAGAAGCAGAUCGAUAACUUGAAGACGAACCAUAGAGGAACGUUUGUGUUGCAAGACAAUCGGUUUCGUUGGCUUGCAAGGAUGUCACUGGAUCCCACGGCUGAGGAAGGAGUUCCUCAGGAUCCUGCUGCUUUGGCUGAAAGUAAGGCUGCUCAAGCAAUGAGCAUGUAUCUCUAUUUCCCUUGUGGGAUUAUUAGAGGGGCUCUUUCGAAUCUCGGGAUCCCUUGUGCGGUUUCUGCUGAUAUAUCUAACCUUCCAGCUUGUUCUUUCGUGGUUCGCAUAAAGGCCUGAAGAUUCUAGCAGAAGGUCGCAUGAAUCGAGAGUUUAAGCCCUCGUAUGCAAGCUCGCGUAUCAAAGUCUUGUUCAUCCGAGUAAUCUCCUGAACGCCUGGUGGAAAAACUGUACACACAGGUCAGCUGUAGCCUUUCUGACGAAAGAUUGCUUAGAUGAAUCAGAAACAAUUAUUGCGGAUCCUAUCAUAGACACCAUUUAUGUUUGCAAACCACCUUAUGAAUUGAAAGGGAUACUAGAUGACAUUAUUCCUUCUAACUGUUGCUGGGGGCGUGGGAUUGCAAUAGUUAUAUGGGUGGGGGCUGUAUUUAAUAGUAGUGCUGUGUAACAUUGAAAAGUCCUCCAAAAUCCUCUAUUCCUAUCUCUUUGUGGGCUUCCCUAGUGUACUGUUUGUUUCAGACGAUGCAGGGUUCAUAAUUGGGGCUGUUUGUUUUUGAAUUUUGGCUCUUUGCUUUCAGUUUUCACUCCAUUGGGACAAUAUGUGUAGGCUCAUCUGGGACAAUAGGCGUGGGCAAAACUUUUUUGAUCUUGAAAUAUGGUGCUAGUGACAUUGAGAUUAGGGUCCUUCUAACCUGGUGCGUGACAGUUGAAGUGAGUGUUUUGCAUUCCAUUGAGGCAGAGUAUCGUGCUAGAAUGUUCCAACUCUGAUGUGCAUUAGAAGUCUAACUGGACCGAAGCUAAUUUGGUUGCCAAUGCCAUAUCUCAGAGAGUAAGAGCAAUCUUCAUCCAUAUUCAUUAUUCAGCGUGUUGGAUGGACUUUAAUCAUGCAUAUCCUUGCAUCACAAGUAGUUGUGAUUUAUGAGUGGAUGACUUGAUGAGGAAGUUGGUGAAUAAAUGUUAACGGGACGUUGCUCAUUAAAUGUUUUGACAGGGUGCUAUUAAUGUCAAGUGUUUGGGGAUUUUAUUUGCAGCCUAUAAUAGUGUAGAGCCAUACCGUAGGCAUGGGGAAAUCAGCAGUUAAUGAAUGGGGACAGGUUACUACAUUUAAGUCGAUGUGUAUUGUGUUCCUUCGUCCUUAAUUAUUUCCCCAAUUAAGUCCCACGAAGGGAAAGGAUAAGGUCAGUAACAUCCAUUUAGGUCAGUAACCUUAUGGUAAGUAAUUAUGAGUAACUCGUCCACAUCAGCAUGACAUCAACAUUCUUAUCUCUCUUCUGGAAAGUCUUUAAUUUUUCCCUUCUUAAUCUUUGACGGACGAUUUCUCACUCGUUUUAAGUGGAAAUUUAAUUUUUUUUUGCACAGUUAGAUCAGAUUAAUUGUGCUUUUUAAAAUUAUAUCCACUUUGAUAUAUUUUUCGAACAAAAAAAUUGAGCCAAUUUUUACUAGUCUAUACCAUAUGGUAUUGACUGGUAUUGAAAUAAGAGCAUACAUAUGGUUUGAAAAGCGUACCAUGGUGGUAUGAACAAACCAAGACUGUAGGAUGGUUGAAUACAUGAUAGUAUAAGUAUAUCAACUAUCAUUUACGACUUUUAACAUUGUGUACCACACGAUACCACCCCGUACUAGGGUGGUAUUGUGUGGUAUUUUUUUGUCCUGAAAUUUGUUUAUACAGAAAUUUGUAGAUCUAAAAGUUCAUGAUGAACUCGUCCCUUAUGUGCAAACGUUUUCAAAAACGAAUUAAAAACGAAGAAGAUACCAUAUGGUAUGCAGUUGGUACUGAGAGGCCAUAAUUUUUUUUCUCAAAAAAUAUUGAAAAUUGAUGUCAUUUUGUAGAGCACGAUGAACUCGUUCCAUCUGUGCAAAAAAAUAAAUUAAUUAAAAUCCGAGUUAAAACGAAAAAGACAUAAACGGAUUAAGAAAGCUAGGGUAAAUAAAAAUGACAUUUAAUUCUUCAUCCUUAGAUCGGGAUUUUCUAAAUGAAAGGUUCAGAUUUGA